CUUUAAAGUCGGACAGAACCGAGGGGCAGAGGUUCUGUAAAAGCACUUCUGAGCAGCUCUGAUUGUUGGGAAACCUUCUGACAGGAACAUUCUGAGGAACAUGGGGUCCAUCAGGAACCAGGAGGACUAAAGUGGACCUGCAGAACCUUCUCUGGACCACAGGUUGUCCUGCAGAAAUGACCCACUGGUUGUGUUUUUUAGCUGCUUGCAGCCUUCUUGUGUCUCCGUGUCUCAGCGGCUGCGCUGAGGUGGACUCAAUGACCGAGGCCGUGGCAGGAGAAGGAUUCCUGCUCGGCUGCAUCUCCUGUAAGAAAAGAGAAGAAGUUCCGGCCCGAACCACGGUGGACUGGCACUUCAAGCCUCGGCACGAGGACCAGUUCAGGCAUAUUUUCCACUACGACCACCCCACCGCCGACGUCCUCCACGAGGACUUCAGAGAGCGUCUGAAGUGGCACGGCACCCGGAACCGCGAUAUUCAGGUCGGUGCCGUUUACAUCCAGAACGUGACCUUCAACGACUCCGGGUCGUACCGCUGCACCUUCCACCGGACCCUCUUCCUGCCGCUGGCCGAUGAGAGGGUGGUGGUGGAGAAGGAGGUGGAACUGACCGUGUUGGCUGCAGCGAAGCGGGAGCUGGUCUCGGUGGUCUCAGAGAUCCUGAUGUAUGUCCUGAUCGUGGUCCUGCAGCUCUGGCUCAUCGUAGUCCUGGUUUAUUGUUACAGGAAGAUUUGGGACGAACACGAAGCUCGAGAGGAGAAGAAAGCUCAGAAAGAACUCUUGCAGCUGAAGGACAACAUCCCCUGACUUCAGUUCUUACAGGAUGUUCUCACUUGAAGACAAAGCUUAGAUUUAAAAUCAGGUUUUCUUUUUCUUUUAUUUGGAUGUUCAUCAAAUCAGAUGCUUGUUUUUUGAGGAAGUCAAGUUUUAGUGUUGAAAUAAAAACUGUUGGAAAGUUUUCUCUAAAUAUAAAUCUGUGCUUUCAGAUUUUCAAGGGAUUCUUUUA